CGAGUGGGCGUGGCAAAGGCGCUCGGUGGGCAAGGAGAACAAGGGGUCUCUGUAGUGUUGUUUUUGCAUCCAAACGCGUUGAAUUUGUCACACUGGCCUGACAUCAACAGCAGUGUUGAAACGAGCUCGGAGCCGCGUUCCGUUUGUUACUCUCGUUUCCCGGUGGAGGCGGCGGCUCUCGGUAACGUUACCGCUCGGUGUGCUCGGAGCUUGACGGCGAACAAUGCCUGGCAAAGCCGCGGUGACAGUGGCGCUUCAGCCCAGCGGCACCGCCGCUCCGGCGGCUCCGCAGAAGUCCUUCCCGUUUGUUAUAAAGAAGAUUAUGGACAUACCGCCUCCAAACAUCCUGGAGGAAGGCGACGACGAAAUAGAGAAGGAGAAGCUGUGCACAUCUGAAGAUGUGGAGGGAGGCGGGGCUGGGGCGACCAGUGCUGGUGGAGGUUCCAGAGGAGGCAGCGGCAGCAGUGGAGGGGUAUCGGCCUCCUUGACCCCGGCCAUUUGGGAGAAAACCAUUCCCUAUGAUGGGGAGACCUUCCACUUGGAGUACAUGGACCUGGAUGAGUUCCUCCUGGAGAACGGGAUCCCCGUGACCCUGGAGGAGGAGGAGCUGCAGAAGACUCUCACCUCAGUGGCAAGCAAAGGCAAAUUCAUCCCCAAGGUUACAGCUACAGCAUCUGCUACUCCGCCCCCCCCUGCCCCCGCUGCUGCUGCUGCUGCCCCCGACUCCGACUCCGCCUCAGCAUCUUCCUCCUCUGUCUCUGCCACCUCUCUGGUCACCUCAGAUCCAGAGGAACCUGUGACGGUCACUACGCUACAACCAGCUAAACUGGAAGAAGAAGAUGAGGAGGAAGAGGAGGAAGAAGAGGAAGGACAAGAUGAGGACCCUUCGUCUGAGGAGGCAACAGCAGAAGUGGAAGUGAAAGAGAAGCAAACAGAUUCUAACUCUGCAGAGCGCAACACACCCUCCCCCAUCGACCCAGACGCCAUUGAGGUGGACAUUAAUUUCCAGCCGGACCCCACAGACCUGGUCCUGUCCAGUGUGCCGGGGGGAGAGCUGUUCAACCCGCGCAAGCACAAGUUCUCCGAGGAGGAGCUGAAACCUCAGCCUAUGAUCAAGAAGGCCAAGAAAGUGUUUGUUCCAGAUGAGCAGAAGGAUGAGAGAUACUGGUCCAGGAGAAAGAAGAACAACGUGGCAGCAAAGCGCUCUCGCGACGCACGGCGGCUGAAGGAGAACCAGAUCACGGUGCGCGCCUCCUUCCUGGAGCGGGAAAACGCGGCGCUGCGGCAGCAAGUGGCCGAGCUGCGGAAGGACUGCGGCCGCUGCAAGAACAUCCUGGCCCGGUAUGAGGCUAAGUACGGCCCACUGUAAAAGAACUCUGAAUAAAUCACACAAAGUAUCAAUGAGACAAAAAGCAGAACUCCCUUCCCCGCAGAAUUCAACACAGACACAAACACCGAGGGAAUCUAAAUUUGCACUGUUGUCUUUGCUGACCUCCAGUCACUGUGUCAAGCUCUGAGUUUUGGACACACACUGGCAGGCAGCAAGGCGCGAUGGGAGCGGAGGUCACAGGAAGGCCUGUGGAGAGCGCCUGGCUCCUACACUCAGACAGGAAGGGGACGAUUGUGGACACUCCCAUGGUCAAACACACGUGGAAAAAAUGGUCCGUCUCAAAAGACGGUUUCAACAAAGUCAGGAAAUAUGAAAAGCAGACAGGUACAAAAGAAUCACAGGCUUUCAGAUACCACACAAAUCAGUUUUUAUCACUGCACAGCACUUAGUGGACCAAAGCAUGAGUUAGAAGUUGUGUAUUUAGAAUGGUGCACACUCGCCGUCCCUCACAUUUCCUUGUGUUGUACUUAGUGUCUGUUGUGUCCGUACUUCCUUUAAAAUACUGAUGCUCAGAAGAAGGGCGCUGAUGAACUCACGGCAGUGCAGGAGAGGGACAGACGAAUGAAGGGGCAGCAUCAGAGUCGCAGCGGCGCUUCUAGGCCGGAGAGAAAGGAAGCAAAGACCCCACGUCGGCAGAGGGGUGAGGAUGAGAGUCCGUUAGCGGUGUGAUUCAGUCACAGUUCUUCCUUCUUGUAACCAACAUGCACGCCUCUGCGCACACAAACACUAUUUAAACUGUUUGUAUAUAUAGUCAUCUCCCUGCACCACAGAGAUAUGUGGCGUGUAUCAGUGUCGAAUCCAUUUUUGCACUUUUUCUCAAAAAAAACCACAAUGCGUAAAGAUUACAGUGGUGGCAGGUAUCUACCUUUAUGUACCACAAACCCCAUGGGAGACACGGUAGCUUCUUGUUAGGAGGAAAAAAGAAAAAAAAAACAUGCAUGUCCUCCGGUUUAAAAGCUACGUAGUAUCCUUUUCUACUAACCUCAGAUCAGCUUCCAGAGCCCCACACGAGAUUUUGGGAUUCCUUAAGAGAUGAUGAUUUUACAAACGGAGAGAGAGUAGUCGUUUUUGUUCGGUAGGUUACUCCUGAAGGCAUAUGUCUGAUGAUCCCCAGGGCCCUCGCCGGUGGAGGGGUAUGUUCAACGGUAGGGAUGUUUAUUUUACUGCACACUGCAGGUAGAGGGCGCUAGAGCCGCUACCUGCCUGAUCUGGUGUAGUGAUGGCUGGAUUGAUUUUUGGUUUUGUUUUGUUUUUUAAAUUUAGGCAGGCCCAAAGCUGACUGCUUCUGAUCUUGUAAAUACUGAUUGUCUCAUGGUCUUUAUUUCCUGAGGCAGGGAUUCUGACUGUGUCUUUAUUAACCUAGUACUAUUCCUUAUAUUUGCCAAAUAGUCAAAGAGUGCUGUAUUUAUUCUGAUGGUAAUAAUGCAUCUGUUGAUUGUGAUGUACAACAAUAUGUCAGAUAAUUCUAUUUCCUUUGAGGAACAAUACUUCUAUGAAACCAAUGCAGGGAAUUCAAUGGGUAAACUGUGCUUUUGGAUGUUUGUUUUAAAAACAGAUUUAUAUAGUUUUAUGGGAUUUUUUUCUCUAUAUACAUACAAUAUGUGUCUGUACACACAGAGGACAAGGCACACUCUUAUUUACCUCAUCCAACACCUCCUGUUUUGAAUGGGUAAAAGUUUUAGUAGGGCUACAAAGUGGUGUUGGUUGAAACAGAGAGCACAUAAAAAGCAGCUUAGUUCCAUUUGGCAAAACCUUGAAUCCGAGGUGAUAAAUUGAGUUAUUUUUGCCAAAGCAGCUGAGUCUGUGUCUAAAUUAGUAAAUGCAUUGCAGACUGUUAUGGGACUCUAUAUCUCAAGUGUCUUUGGCUGAUGCGGAUUUUGUGAUCGGUCGGCUCGUGCUCAUUAUCGCCGUGAUCUCGGAAAGAAAAUAAAUGUGGCAAUAAUACUCUGUUAUGUAAUGCUCGUUUUAUUUCAGUGAUGAUGUUGUAUGUAAAGUUGCUAUGAUGUACUAAAUAGACAUGCCCCAAAGUCAUUUGUGCUUCCAGUUUAGAUCCUCUGUAGUCCAGGAUCCUAAUGCAUGAAACCCAGUAAACUUGUCUCUUUUUCCUUUUCUUUGCAUAUUUUACACCAAGUGUACUUACGUCUGUAAACCAUCACUGAAAACUCGAUAUGUUUCUGGAUGGGUUGGUUGAUGGUCUGUUGUACAGUUCUGUCAAAAGGAAAGCAGGGCAUCUUUUCUCUGAUGUCCUGUGUUUAUGACUCGCGUAAAAGCAGCACCUAUCCUUGUGCAGCCAGUGCUUGACCUUGGGGCGAACAUCAGCUGAAAACAGCAUCUUUUGAUCACUGUGUGGAUUGUUUUCUAUUUACUAAAGAUUGAUCUAUAUCUAGAUACACUGGAUCAGUUGGUGAUUUUGUGUUUUCUUGAGAGAUUCUCUGCUUAAGUUUCCUGAUGGCGUAAUAUAACACACAUCUCUCAGCGAUGUGUUUGAUUUUGCAUUGACAUUCAAACUCGACAUUGGCUGCAUUACGCUGUUUAUAUGUCGAUGUAGCUGACGAAUGCAAACUUUUGGCUUUUUUUUAACUAAAUUGAAAAUGUUCUGCCUAAGGCUGAGUAAAGGUACUGGCCAGGAGAGCCUUUUAGAGGACAACACGUCAAGAUCGUUUAUAGUACUGCAUACAGUAUGUAGCAAUCUUUCCUCUUCCUCCUUUUGUUUUGUUUUUUGAUGCGUAGCACCUCAUGGAACAAGCUUGCAACUCUGCUCAUUGAUGUUUAGCAGGCUGCAAAUUCUCCAAGAAAGGGGAAAAAUAUUAGCAGCGGUUUAGAUCUGCACUGAAAAUGUCAAGUUAGCCUAACGUGGUCGGUAACAGUGUGAGCGUAACCAGGCUAGCAGCUGUUACCUUUUCUUUUUGCUGGGAUUUAGUCAUUUUAAUAGCAGGGCUCGCCUCCCCACUUGCAAAUGUUCCACCAAAACAAACAAAACUGUUGGCUCUGCCUUUGGGUGCUUCGCAUCAGUGACACUAUGUCCUUGUUUACUAUUCAAAGUAGCUAUAGUACUCCUGGAAAAAUAUUUAAAAGUCUCUAUUGAAAACAUUUUUAAAGUUUUGUUUGUUUGUGGUGUUUUGCUUUAUUUUCUCUUUUUAUAUAAACAUAUGUUGGGUGUUUUUGUAUUGUCCUAACUAUGUACAGGAUACAUGCAACUGCAGUACCAUGUCCUAACUGUAUCUUGUAUCAUGCAUAUGAAAUAAAUUGGGAUGAAAUGACA